CUUUAUGCUUCGUUUCGCACAGUAAACAUCAAAUUUUACUAAAUCUGAACCGUUAAAUUUUUGUCUUUAUUAACCAAAAAUGUGCGCUUUUUCGCAUUCCACCACUCGGUGAAAAAAAACUCGGAGCGCGCAGACAAAAUCGCAAAUCUGCCCCUUCAUCUUUGUAUGGUGCAAAAAAACAAAAACAAAAAAAAGACCCACUUCUCUCACAUUAAGCAUCCAGUUGAUUUGUGAUUCGGGGGGGGGGAGAACCUAUGCAGGCAGGGACCGUAGGGUUAAACCAUCAACCGCAGCCAACAGCUCUGCGCAUGGCUUCCCGGUGCGUCGCGUCUGUGUGCCACUGACUCCCAGCCUCCUUUCUGUGGCAAACAAAAAUCAGUGCUGCGGAUUUUGGAUCUAAUUGGAGUUUUCUGCCUUUAAUUAAAAGAAAUGAAAAGUGUGCGCGCGCUGGCCGCGUUGGUUCAGAGGAUGAGGUGCUUAACCUCCCUCCUGCCAGUUCUACGUGGUCAUGACCGGUCAUCACGCCCAUUCCACAGCCCACCUCAUCUUAUUGGUCUUGCUCAUAGUCACUCCAAAACUAGCUGGCGCCGCCCCUGUGCGGGGUGAGGAAGGCGAGGGAGGGCUGGAAGGGCGCCCCUGGACUUAUCAUAAAGAGGACAGCCUUGCCUCUUUCCUCUCACCCCCAAUCCAAAGUCUGUCUAGCCCUGACAACGCAUCCUUCGACCUGGGUCGGGGCCCGGGUCCAGACGAUCCGUUAGAUAAAGUGACAGACUCUGCACAGGUGCUCGCCGUUCUCUUGGAGUCCCUGGACCACACGGGGGACAGAGAAAUCCAAGCAAGCAGAGACAAAGACUGGGAAGAGGAUCAGAAGCUGCCUUCUGCUGAAAGCUCGGAGGGUGGCGAGAUAAGGAGAACAGAGAAGACAGAGGAAGACAGGGGGGUGGAGGAAGGCAAGGAGGGGCAAGAGGCUGAUAAGGCUAUUGAAAAGCUAAUUUUAGGCCAUUUGACAGCUGCUCAGGGGGGUGACUUGAAGGAAUGGGAGGAGCUGGAUAAGACCACAAGGUUAGAGACAGCUCAGGUGUGGUCCUCCGAGGAUGAGGGUCCUGAUGGCGCGAGUGAAAAAAAGACAGAAGAAGAGGAAGGGCGUAAGGUGGAAAAUGAUCUAGAACGCCUGCUAGCUGAGGUUCGCUCUGGUUCUACCUUCCAGGAGGACGAUCCCUCUCUGCAGCGCCAAAUAAGGGGCUACUUUCAGAAUAUUGAUUUGGGUCUCCAAGACAAUGAAAUCCUGCCUCCUCUGAAGGGCUACAAAGCAUACAACACUCAGCUGGCACGUGCUGGAAAAAAACAGCACUGGCAGGAGAGCACAUCUCGCAACAAGGGGGGAAAUUUCAUGGAUGACUUUGAGGAUGAAGGAGAAGAGCUGGAGGAGGAAGUUGAGGAGGAGGAGGAGAGUCUCACGCACAUGGAGGAAGAGGCAAGGGCGCGUGCAGAGAAGCAGGAGGUUCUUCGGCAACAGGAGGAGGCAGAGCGAGCCAGGGAGGAAGAGCAGAGGCUGGCAGACAUUGCCUCAGACAUGCUGUUGCAGUACAUGGGAAAGAAGCAGCAGUCUUACAUGAAGCCGCGGCAGAAGAGCAGCAACACCGCAGAGGACAAGCGAUCUGAGGAGGUUCUCCCUGACGAAGACGACCUGGACCAGCAAAUGAUUGACCGGCUGAUUGAGAUCAGCAGCAAGCUUCACCUGCCUGCUGACGAUGUGAUUGAGAUUAUCAGCGAUGUGGAGGAGAAGAAGAAAAAAAGAAAAGAGCUGCAGAAGCAACCGGUAAAUAGCAAUCCUAUUGCCCCACGUUUCAGGCCCCUAGUGCCUCUUCCUCUGCCUGCCCCACCUAUCUAUCACUACACAGCCUCCAAGAACCCCAAGAAAGCCCCUUAUAAGCACAACAAGUCCAACAAGAAAUGGCACAAGGACAAAGUCAAGUCACACAAGCAGGACUAUUGGUACAAGCCCCCGAAGCAGCUUGACUAUUGGUAUAAACCUCAGAAACAAUUCUUGGCCUUUCCCUCGUAUCCGUAUUAUCAAAAGCCAUAUCGAGCCUACUACCCUGUUUACUUCCCUUAUCCUAAAACACAGUACUAUGGCAAGCCCCCUCCCUCUAGGGACCAGCCAUUCAGCCCCCAGGAACUUGACCUUCAGGGCCCGAAGCGCAGACACAGGGGCAGAGGUAAGAACCGUGCAGGGCAGGGAUGGAGGCAGCAGCCACCGCUGCGCCUGCCCGUCACCCCUUACAUCUCGAAUUACAUCCUUCCUCAUCCACGGACCUACCAACCCCUACCGCCCCCAAAACCGCUAAUCACACCCCGGACGGGCCGGAGGCCCUCUUACUACUAUCCACAAGACACACCAGGAGAAGACUAUGAAGAAGAUGGGCUCGUGCCUCAGCUGGACAGUGAGGAGGAGCUGGAGAACUUUAUCGAGAGGAUCUACAUGAAGCGCAAAAUGUAUUGAAAGUCUUGUUUUGGACAUUUCCAGAUGACAGACAGGUGGCACACAUUUUACAGUGCCAGGUCAAAGCUGAAGCAAAGAGAUGAUGGCAAAUUGAAGUGCUAUGAAAAGUUUGAUUUCUGUUGAUAUUCACCGUGAUUUGGUUGAGUUUUAUUUUUUUUGUUUUGUUUCUCCCAGUCAGGGCGAGGGGCGUCCCGCUCGAAGCUCCCUGCUACCAUGUUUAGCCUCUUGGACAGUUUACAUUUUGAAACAGAACAUACCAUUGCGUAUUUCUGCCUCCAUUCAGGUCAAAGCUCCUGUAUAUUUCAAAGAAUUAUAGAGGACACACACUACACAGAAUGACAUUUCUAUGUGCCCAUUGUGACAAAACCAUGUUUACAGCAUCACUUUGUAUCUCUUUUGUUUUAUACUGUAUCAUUCUGCUAAACUAAAGCCGCUUUACAAAAACUUCACAAAACACUGCAGUUGUCAAAUGUUGACGAAUAUUUUUGUUGUAUUCGAUGUGUGUAGAUGCCUUUUUUUUAAAUGCCUGAUUGGAUCAAUUUUAAAAGAGCUGCAAUUUUAAUACACACAUCUGUUUUCUUUUCUUUUUUUUUCAAAUUGCAGAUGAGAUUUUUACAAAGCAGUGUGGUAUAAAGGAAAUAUCAUAUCGCAUUUUGCUAUCAUAUCAAGUGGUCCCGAUGUAGAAACCCUGUGGACUCCAAAAGCACAAACUUAAAAACUAAAACUUCCAACGUGGUGGACUAAGGGUUUUCAAUCAUUUUGGGAUCCAUACAUUCUUUUUCAUCUAAUAAUAUUUCUGGGACAGUUAUUAUAUCACAAGCAACCUCCCUUUUUUUAAUUAUAAUUUCCUUACUGUUUGUCCCUGAAAAACACAAUCAAUUUUCUCUCAUUGUUCUUGCAUUAUAUUCAUAUUACCUAUUUUUUUAUAAGGAAAAAAAUACUUGAAGUCAAGCUAUGUGUUCUACAGCCUUUUGAAAAGGGAUUUUUGCCAAGAGGCUUCAAAUGUUUAGUUAAUUUUCAGAAGAAAUUCAUUGAAGAGCUUCGGGCUGGGGAGUCAGGGAUUAUGCUAAAACCGUUAAAUGCACGUCUUUCUACUUGCAUCUCAAAAAAGAACAAAAAAAGAGAAAAAAAACAGUAUGGAGAACUCAAAAUGGUUUCUCUCAAUAAACUGUGAACAUUUAAGAGAAAAAAAAAAGAAAAAAAAAGAAAUCUUAAAGGAAGAGGGCCACUGUGUCCACAGUGAAGCCAUCUGACUUGUAAAAGGAGAGUGUUGUUGUUGAUGUCACCUUUAGCAUUGUAAGAUGUACAGUGUGAAAUAAAUAUGCCCGUGCGAUGUGUAAAUACCAGCAUGAUGAUUACUAGUUUUGCUAUAUGAUAAAAAAAUAAAAGCAAUUAUUUUAUUAAA